UGCAUUGACCUGGGCACUGACCUCGUGCCCGCCAUUUCGCUGGCCUACGAGAAGCCCGAGUCGGACAUCAUGCAGCGCCCACCCAGGGACCCAGUCAAGGACAAGCUUGUCAAUGAGAGGCUUGUAUUGAUGGCCUAUGCGCAAGUGGGACUCAUUGAAACCUUCGGCGCAUUCCUCACCUACUUCGUGGUGAUGGGUGAGAACGGGUUCCUGCCCCGGAGGCUCCUUGGCCUCCGGGCCCAGUGGGACAACCCGUACAUCAACGACCUCGAGGACUCUUUCGGCCAGGAAUGGACCUUUCAUGACCGCAAAAUACUCGAGUCCACUUGUCACACCGCCUUCUUUGUGUCAAUCGUCGUCACUCAAUGGGCUGACCUCAUCAUCUCCAAGACGCGCCGGAAUUCAAUCUUCGAACAGGGCAUGACAAAUUGGGUUUUGAACUUUGGACUUGUCUUUGAAACUGCUUUGGCCUGUUUCCUGUCCUACACUCCUGGAAUGGACAAGGCUCUGAAAAUGUAUCCUUUGAGAUGGACAUGGUGGUUGCCUGCAAUGCCAUUUGCUCUGCUAAUUUUCAUUUACGACGAGGGUCGACGAUAUGCAAUGAAAAAGUUUCCCGGUGGAUGGGUGGAGAAGGAAACCUACUACUGAGACUCACUCGACUUAGGGACACUCCUCUGCCACUGUAUUUUUGACUGAGAGAAGGACUUUAAGUUGAACUCGAGCUAAAGAUGCGUUCCUUGUUUCUUUUUUCUUACCUUUAGAGCAAUAUUCAACGACAUAAGUAAGGACCUUGCAAAAAUAUUCAGAGACUUUCAUCUCUGUGAAUUUUGCAAUGAAUCAAGUUCAGGCGAAAGCGGAAAGAAAACUCUCGUGAACCGUUGUUUUCUAUGCGUGUAAGCUCGAAAGAAGAAAAGAAAAACAAGUGCGAGUAUAUGUAUACAAUUUUGUUUUGGAAUGCUUGAAUGUUUUACAAGUGUGACGCUCUGUAAAUGUGCAAAUAUUAGACGAAAAUGGAAAAUGAGGUGAACUUGAUUUGUUUAUACUGAUUUUGGUCUCAGGUGUGGUCACAAAGCAUAUGGAAUGGAAACUCAUUCGAUCAAUAGACUUUCUUCACGAAUUAAAUGUACU